CGGAAUAAACUCGAACCCAUCAUCCAUCAUGAGCGGACGCGGCAAAGGAGGCAAGGGACUCGGGAAAGGAGGCGCCAAGCGUCACCGCAAAGUUCUCCGCGACAACAUCCAGGGAAUCACCAAACCCGCCAUCCGCCGUCUGGCUCGCCGCGGCGGCGUGAAGCGUAUCUCCGGCCUGAUCUACGAGGAGACCCGCGGCGUGCUCAAGGUUUUCCUGGAGAACGUGAUCCGCGACGCCGUCACCUACACCGAGCACGCCAAGAGGAAGACGGUGACCGCCAUGGACGUGGUGUACGCGCUCAAGAGGCAGGGCCGCACCCUGUACGGCUUCGGAGGCUAAACCACCAGUACCUGAACGCACCACCAGCACCUGAACGCACCAACACAACGGCUCUUUUAAGAGCCACUCACUUCUUCUGACGAGACACGGUCCUCAUUACAGCACUGAUCAUAUCCACUGUUGCAGUACUUUUAUUAUAAAUACAUAGUAAGAAACAAUAGUCCGAUAAUAAAUGAUAUUCAACUUAUAGUAUUAAUAUUCCAUGUUAUGUUUUAAUCUAAUGAAACAAUUUUUCGGCAACAAACCAGUUGCUCAUGUUGUUGCCAGACUUUGAAGCAACUUUGACAAAGACAUUUCCCAUGGAGACGAUGACCUUAAUUAUGAAUUAUUGUUAUUAUUAUCAAGCAAACAAGACUUCUCCAUCCAUUAUGGUAUUAUAACUCCUGGGAAUGUUUUAAAUGUAAAAAUAUUCAAUGAGACAAAAUAAAUAUAUUCAACAAGAAAAUAUUGAUAAUAAACAAACUGACAGAAGAAACAGUCUUGAAUGUUACAGUGACAGUUAUAGGUCGUAAUAAGUAAACUGCAGGUUUUAAAGUUUGUUAAUAAAAAUAUUUAAAUCUUA